CCUGAAUAUCAUCAAGCCAUGAACAAUCUGGCUAACCUCCUGAAAAACCAGAAAAAGUAUUAUGAAGCAGAAUAUUACUUGAGAAAAGCUAUAAAAUUAGAGCAAGACUUCCCAGCAGCAUGGAUGAACUUGGGUGUAGUUCUGGCUAGCACAAAAAGAUUGGACGAAGCUGAAAGUGCUUAUAAAACCGCUUUGCAGUAUCGCAAAAAGUAUCCAGAUUGUUUCUACAAUUUAGGCAAUCUGUAUCUAGAAAUGAACAGGACUAAUGAAGCUAUGGAAAACUGGCUACAAGCGGUUCACCUAAAGCCGAAGCACGUCUUGGCUUGGACAAAUCUAAUCGCGUUAUUAGAUAAUACGGAGCAAAUGAACAAAGCCCUGCAAGUUAUACCGGACGCAUUGAAGGAAUUGCCCGACGCACCGUCCAUCAAUUUUGCUGUUGGCAACAUUUACGGCAAGUUGGGGCGGUUUGCGGAGGCGGAGCGCCACUUCCUGAGAGCUAUCGAACUAUCUGGAACCAAUGUUCCGGCUAUAUACUAUGCUAAUUUAGGUGUACUCUAUCACCGAUGGAAAAAAAUCGAUCUAGCAGAAAAUAUGUAUAAUAAUGCUUUGAAAAUUAAUAAUACAUUUAAAAGUGCAAUAACUAAUUUAAAUAGCUUAAAAAAAUUAAAACAACAGAAUUAAUAAGUAUUGUGAAUUUAAAUCCCUUCCUUAACACCUUAUAUCAUAGUAUCUGCUAACUGCUAAAUUAUUUAUGUACCUGUUAUGUAUAAUAUUUAUGUAUACCUAACCAAUCUAGUAUUAUGUAAAGUAUAAAUAAAAAUCUUGCUUUGACCACUUAAAAUUUGUUAUGUUAAAAUUUUAAAAUUUAUUAUACCAAUAUAUUUUUUGUGA